CUUUGCGUUUGCGAAAUUUUAUUUUACUCAACAAUCAGCGAAGGAUUGUUCGUUAUUUGUGAGUUUGUGACUUUUGAAAUAUCAUUCAGCUUACCUAAAUAAAUUAAACAUGAAAUUGUUAACUCUUUUUAGUAACAUAACUAACCUCAACAUAAUUAAGGAUGAAUUUGGACCAUAUCGAGAAUACUUUUCAUACGUGCCAAUAAUAAAACUAGUUUUCCCGCUAUUUAUCAGCCUGAUAUUAUUAUCCAUUCUAAAACUGUUAAGGAGAAAAUCUUCAAACUCUAUUCUGGGAAAACGUAAAAUUCAAGAAAUUGCGUUUCUAAAAGACAUCGUUUUAGAAGUACAUUAUGCAGCAUGUUACUGCGGUUCCGACUCGGCGCUGAUCCGGCGCUGCAAGGCGCUGCUGGAGCUGUACCCGGCCGCGUGCAACAUCCCCAUGUACGAACAUCAAUACACGCCGUUCUUGAGGGCCUGCUGGAAUGGAUGUGCGGAGUUGAUUGCCUACAUGAUACGCAUUGGAGCUAACAUAGAGGUGCGGACGGACGCGGGGGAGGGCGGCGUGUACCUCGCCACCUACAGCGCUGUGCGGAACAAAACCAACGACUUCUCUGCCAUCAAGAUCCUCAUUUCUGCAGGUCUAGACGUGAACCAAGCCCGACACGACGGGCUGCGUCCCCUGGACCUGGCGGCGCUGAAGGGACACUCCCGCCUCGUGCGCUUCCUGCUGGCCCACGGAGCCGCGCCCACGGACCAGCAGGACAUAUCCAUGAUUAUUGGGAAAAUGUAGACCAACGAAACUGCUAUAGGU